UUAUUAUAUGUAAAUGGCGCCAGAAUGUAAACUAAAAUGGGCUACUGUACACCUUUCUUGGUUUCUUGAGCAUUAUGCGAUUCAGAGGGAAAAUAGCCGAUAUUGGGUGUAUUCAACACUUUACAAGAAUCAUCGGUACAUUGUCAAAACUGAUUAAAGUGUGUGUUUUAAGAAUAACACCCGGUAACUGGUACUUCAUUCUGUCGGAAAAGUUAGUCAAUGGAGGGGUUCAUAUCUGGUGUGAAUUGCCUCAGGGGCAUUUCUUUGAUGAAUAUGCCAUGGAAGGGGUGUCAGAAGAAGCCAAUGAAAUAUUUUUAGAAAUUGCACCUGAAAACCUCAUGAAAGCUUUAAAGACAGCACAAAGUGCGAAAUGGAUAAAAAUCAAACUCACGAAGAAGCACGCUCCUUGUCUAACAUUUGAAGUGGAUCUUCCGACAUUAUCAUCUCACUCACGAACUGUCGUACAUGAUAUUCCUGUAGUUGUGAUUCCUCGCAGACACUGGGCAGACUAUGAGGAACCAGAAGUGCCGCAGUUUGAUGUAACCAUUGCCAUGCCACAGCUGAAGAUCUUGAAGAAUGUUGUUGACAAGAUGAAGAACCUCAGCAAUUAUAUGGUUCUAUCUGCCAAUCAUAAUGGGGAGAUGAAAUUGAUGGUCGAAACGGACAUGGUAUCAAUUUCCACUCAUUUCAGAGACCUGGUCAACCCAGUUAGCAGAGAUAAAGUACCCAGCUCUCAAAGUAGUGAUGGUCCUGAUCCAGAUCCAUACGAGUUCGCAGAGGCUCGGAUUGACAUCCGGAAGUUUGCUCAGUUUUUGUCUGGACAGCAAGUGAACCCCACUAAAGUUAUCUGUAAUAUUGUUAGAAGAAAAGUGGUUCACUUUUUCCUGUUGCACGAUGAUGUCUCCUUACAAUACUUCAUGCCAGUUGUUUCAUCUUGAUAGUAAUUUAAAAUUAGUAGCAAUAAAUUCGAUAUUUUUAAUGAUACACAUUGUAUUGAAUUCUUAAAUGUUGAAUUGGG